CACUCUCUCUGUGUUAAUUUUUGUCUCCUGUAAUUACGUUUUUAUUUCAUGUUCAGGUUUAAACUCAGACUAGUUUUAAAUGUCUGCUGCUCUACCAGGUAAUAUAAUGCAGAUACUGUGAUAACUUACACUCUAACACGUUUAAUCUGCUUGUUUCAUCCUGAACAGAUGUGUUAUCUGGUGUAAAGAGACAAAACAGUCUCCAGUGAUGUCGUUCAUGUCUCCUGUGAGUGUUGAGUAACUGUGGUGAGUAAAGGGUUAAACCGUGUGCAGUUUGUUGGGACCUGGUGAAUGGUGAGGACCCUGUUCCUGCUGUCAUGAGCUGAUGUUACUCAGCCUGCCCUGGUCAGUCUGCCGCUCCUGAACCCUGCAGCAGGACUCCAGCCUCCUCAGUCUCACAGCUUGGUCUCAGUCAGGUUCCUGCUGCAGACAGCGAUGGACAGAAACAAUCACAUCAACAUCGCAAUGAUAGAAGAUAUCGGCUCCAACGGCUCGGCCGGGUCAAAGGCCGUCAUGGACCAGAACAAGCAGCCGCGCGGAUCCACCGUCAGCUUCCACAACAUCCAGUACAAAGUGCAGCUGAGGAGCGGCGUCUUCUGCAGGAGGAAAACCAGUCCCAGGGAGAUCCUCUCAGACCUCAAUGGGAUAAUGAGACCUGGACUGAACGCUAUUCUUGGACCAACUGGAAGUGGAAAAUCUUCGUUCCUGGAUAUUCUGGCUGCGAGGAAGGAUCCUUCAGGCCUCUCAGGAGAAGUUCUCAUUGACGGAGCUCCACAGCCUCCAAACUUCAAGUGUCUCUCUGGUUACGUGGUUCAGGAGGACGUGGUGAUGGGAACCCUGACGGUGAGGGAGAAUCUGCGUUUCUCUGCGGCUCUGCGGCUGCCGAGCUCCGUGCCUCAGAGUGAGAAGGAGGCUCGAGUCAAUCACCUCAUCAAAGAACUGGGUCUCACAAAGGUGGCCAACUCCAAGGUGGGAACACAGAUGACCCGGGGAAUCUCAGGAGGAGAGAGGAAGAGGACAAACAUUGGCAUGGAGCUGAUUAUUGAUCCUUCAGUUCUGUUCCUGGAUGAACCGACCACAGGUCUGGAUGCCAGCACUGCCAACUCUGUUCUGCUUCUGCUAAAGAGGAUGGCGAGUCGUGGAAGGACCAUAAUCAUGUCGAUCCACCAGCCUCGUUACUCCAUCUACAGACUGUUUGACACCCUCACCUUGUUGGUCAGUGGGAAGAUGGUUUAUCACGGACCAGCACCGAACGCUCUGGACUACUUCACUAACAUUGGUUAUCCCUGUGAGCCCCACAACAACCCAGCUGAUUUCUUCCUGGAUGUUAUUAAUGGAGACUUCUCUGCUACGACCAAAGUCCACAGCUCUGAAGAUUUGGACUUUGAGGAUCUAGGCAGCUCCAGGCAGAGCAUCGAGGAGCGUCUGAUCGAGGAGUACAGGAACUGCAGCUAUUCCAGCGACACCCAAGCCGAGCUGGACCGGAUCGUCCAGGAUAAGGACUGUACCUCACAUCUGAACUCCCGCACCAUCACCUACAACAGCUCCUUCCUCCACCAGCUGCAGUGGGUGUUAAAGAGAACCUUCCAGAGCCUCAUGUUAAACCCACAGACAUCUGUUGCUCAGCUGGGAGUCAACAUUUUCCUCGCCCUCAUCGUCGGAGCCAUUUUCUUCAGAGUCAAAGACGAUCAGAGUGGAAUCCAGAACAGGAUGGGCGCCCUCUUCUUCAUCACCACCAACCAGUGUUUCAGCACCGUGUCUGCAGCCGAGCUCUUCAUCGCUGAGAGGAAACUCUUUGUACAUGAGUACAUCAGUGGUUACUACAGAGUGUCGGUUUACUUCCUGUCAAAGAUCCUGUCUGACCUCACUCUGCGAACCAUCACCUCCGUCAUCUUCAGCUGCAUCGUCUAUUUCAUGAUCGGACUGAAAUCCACAGCAGCCUCCUUCUUCGUCUUCACGCUGACGGUGACUCUGGUGGCCUACACAGCCACCGCCAUGACCAUGGCCAUCUCCGCCGACCAGAGCGUCGUGGCUCUCGCCAACAUCCUCAUGACCAUCACCUUCGUCUUCAUGAUGAUUUUCUCAGGUCUCCUGGUGAACCUGCCCAGCAUCAUGGACUGGCUGUCCUGGCUCAAGUACUUCAGUAUUCCUCGUUAUGGCCUCGCAGCCUUGAAGAUCAAUGAGUUUGUGGGUCUGAAGUUCUGUGAGGAGGCUGUGAUCAGAAACACCAACAUGUCGGCUGUGAUGACAAACUGCAGCAUGAGAGCAGCCGGACUGACGUGCACAGGGGAGCAGUACCUGGACUACCUUGGGAUAGAGUACACCACCUGGGGAUUGUGGGAGAACCACGUGGCUCUGACUGUUAUGUCGAUCAUAUUCCUCAUCAUCUCCUACCUGAAACUACGCUUCAUCAAAAAGUUCACUUAAAUAUUUCACCUACUGAAUUCUUCAUGUUCGUCGUCUUCAUGUUUGGUCUCUGAGGAUCCAGGUCAGUUCACAGAGUCUGACUCUGAGGGAGAAACACUUAGUUUUUACAGCGUUAGAAGAGACACCGCUCUUAUUAUUAUUCUCUGAGUCCACUGUUUCACUUUGACAGUAAAUUUAUCACUUUAUUGGAGGAGAAACCCUGAAAAGCUCUGAAACAGGUUUAUAGUAUCUAAAAGUUGUCUGUGGUUAUUUAUGAAUAUUACAUUUGUUGUAUUAUUGUUCAAAUCAGACUAUGCUUUUUUUUAAUACUUGUGUAACUCAGUUGAUUUAUUCAGCUUCUAGAUCACUGAACUGAAUCUUUGUUGAUUUUAAAACUGAUGAUUUGUAAUAAAUAGAUGUUGUAGAAUUGAA